AUGAAAGUUUUCUACAUCCGUGCGCUCUGCUCUGCCGGCGUGCUGUCUAUCAUCUCUGACCGCGCGUAUGGCGGCAUCGAGCCAGAUGUCGUGGCUUCUGGCGCUUGGACAAUUGAUCGAGAGGUGGCCAAGAGACAGCUGAGGACCUCUGCCGACGUCAAGUUCGAUCACGAAGAACGAAUGGAAUUUCCAGGGCGACCGGCGAUACCGGGGGCCGGUACCUCCGAGGCCAUCUCGUCUGUACCGAAUUCCGUAUUGGACUUGGCUAGUAUCAUUCAAGGUACGAACAGUGAAGUUUCCCAGCACUUGAAAAAUAAUCUUCGAAAUGUGCUUACCAAGGCGAAGCAGACUAGUGCUUCGGAGACUGACAUACGUGAAGCAAUUACUGCGCUGCAAUCGUACAAGGCUGCGGGUGAAGUUAAGGUAAAGAAAGCGGGUGCUUCAGCUGAUGCAACCUCGCAGGUUACCCUCGAAGGAUUGAACAAGGCGAUCGCUUACCUGGAAAGUCGACUUAAAAGAUAG